CUCGUAGUGGCCAUAUUUGUUGAUGUGUCAUAUCAAAGUGACUUGUUGGGGCUAUCAGCUGGUGAGGCAGAGGGCUCAAAGUUCAGUUUUAUUCCGACUGUCUCCGCAUUGAGCCAAAUCAUGGGGUUUUCGUAUUCGAUUUAAACAAGCGAGGGACCAAGGAAAAGCCUGGUCCUGCUUCCCCUACACACAUGAUGGAAGGAUCAGAGGCUGAGUCUGCGUCAGAGGCUCCACAACCUACAAAUCAGCUUCCCAACAGCACGCCUAGCAUAGGAGAUGAGCAGCAAAUCUCUACCAGCAGUGCAGAUGAGGCAAGAAAGCUCAGUCAGGCAAAGGAUGAAACACAGCUUGAUGGUGAAUUAAUCAGGACUAAGACGGAUGUUGACAUGGACACAAAGAAGAAGGGAGAGGCUCAAAUAUGCAGUCAGGAAGGAAUAGAUGGGAGUGAGCUGGAUGUUAACACCAGCUGUGAUAGCAGUUCUGUUAAAGGUAGGAUACCUUUACUUUUAAAUGAUGCCAAUGGAGCAUUGACAGACAGAGAGAUCACCAUGAAUAAUGUAGUAGAAAGCUCUCCAUCUGUUCUUGAAGGGACCAUGGAAACCUUAUUGACUUUUGAUGAAGUUCAGGACGCUGGUGCUGUCUCUUCUAACAGUGUGGAGCAGCCAUCAGUCUUAGCUACAAAUUGUUCCUCAGAGCCAUUGCCUGCCGAUGAAAGAGAAAGUCCAUCGUCCUCUUCCGUCCAAAGCACUUCCAAAAACUCCCCCACGGACUCCACAACCACCUCUGGGAUCUCUAACGGCCCGUCUACCCCCAGUUCAGACACUGUCAGCUCCUCACUCGCUUCCAGCCCACAAACCAACACGUCAGCUCCCUCACACGCCUUGUUGAGUCCAUUUGACACUGAUUGCAGCAGAAAGCUUCUAUCAGAGAUCGGGCGCACGCCAUCACAGGAGUCGCUGCUGGAUGGGCUCGGGUCAAGGCUGUUGUCUUGUCAGCUGCCUGAAACAGAGAGUGGAGGGGAGAGAGAAGGAAGCCCUCCUGUCAAUGGGCUCCCUCUGGACCAGGAGGGCUGCAUGGUGGACUUUGAGAAGUGUGUUCAGUACAAGUAUGCACAGCAGGAGAAAGCUAUACAGAGAUUGCUUGAAGAGAACAAGAGGCAUCAGGAGCUGAUCCUGGGGAUCUGCUCCGAGAAGGACAACAUGAGAGAGGAGCUGAAAAAAAAGGCAGAGACAGAAAGGCUUCUCACAGCCACCAUUAAAAAGUUGGAGGGCAGGGUGGAGGAGCUUCUGCGAGAGCUGAAGGAGUCGCGGGACAGGCUGACCCACCAGGAUCAUGCAGCUAAGGCAGCCCUCCAGCAGAUGCAGAAGGAGAUGGCCCACAGACUAGAACAGGCGAACAGGAAGUCCGACGAGGCACGCCAAGAGAAGGAGGCCAUGGUGAUGAAGUACGUCCGAGGGGAGAAGGAAGCCCUUGAUCUGAGGAGGGAAAAGGAGAGCUUAGAGAAGAAACUGAGGGAAGCCACAAAGGAGGUAGAUCGUCAAGCACUACGAGGAAACCAACUGGCUCAGGAGAAAGGCCGACUGCAGCAGCUGCAUGAUGCGAGGGAAGGCGAGGUUAGCAGGCUGACCCGUGAAGUGGAAAAGUUGAAGGAAGAGGUCAACUCACAUCUUAUUAAGGUCAAAUGGGCCCAGAACAAACUAAAGAGUGAAGCGGAUGCACACAAGGAAACUAAAGAUAAACUGAGGGAGACAACAUCCAAGCUGGCUCAGGCCAAAGAAGAGACUGAACAGAUCCGCAAGAACUGCCAGGACAUGAUCCGAACGUAUCAGGAGUCAGAGGAGCUCAAGUCAAACGAGUUGGAUGCUAAACUGAGGGAGACUAAAGGAGAGCUAGAGAAACACAAGCAGGAACAAACAGACCAAUUAGAGGUACACAGAGUGAAGGCCAAGGAGCUGGAAGACCUGAAAAGAAGCUACAAGGAAUCCAUGGAUGAGCUCGGCACUUUACGCACCAAGUUGAAGUGUCUGGAAGACGAACGUCCACGCUGGGAGGAUGAGCUAAGCAAGUACAGAGAAAUAAUCAACCGGCAGAAAGCAGAGAUUGGCCGGCAGAGAGAGAAGCUGGGGGAGAUCACUGCGUUGGAGGAGCAGCAUGAACGUGAUCAACAAGAGAUCACGUCUCUCCGUGAGGAGGCAGACAGCCUGACGAACCAGAUGGCCGACCUUCAGCGAGACGUCCAGGGCAGCAGGGAGCGUGAGGCCGAGUUACUAGGCUUCACCGAGAAGCUGAGUAGCAAGAACGCCCAGCUGCAGUCAGAAAGCAACGCUCUCCAGACUCGGCUGGAUCACCUGAGCAGCACCUUUGCUGAGUUGCAGGCGAAGCUGGAGGAGACAAAUCGGCUUCUAGAUGACAAGUCGCGGCAGCUGAAACAGGAGGAGGUGCUGAGGCAGCAGGAGGUGCAGAGCCUGCAGGAGGAGCGGACAGCGCUGCAGAAUGAGGUGACCCAGCUGAAAACCAAAGUUGAAGAGUUGAGGGAUGAGCUGGUGACUCAGAAAAGGAAACAAGCAGCGAACAUCAAGGACUUGACCAAACAACUAACACAAGCCCGAAAGAAACUGGAGCAGAUGGAGAACGGAGGCUGUGACCGGGAUGCCAGCAGUAUGGGCAGCCGCUCAAGUUCCUCAGGUACUACUCCGGGAUUUGGCUCACUGAAUGCUCGCCAUGGUGGAAGCAGCGGGGUGGAAGAGAGGUCACCAGAGAGCCAGUCGGGCCCCUCAGUUGUGGUUGUGGACAGCUUCCCUGAGGUCGACAAAACCGUGCUCGUGGAUCGUAUCGUCCGUCUGCAGAAGGCGCUGGCUCGCAAGCAGGAAAAAAUUGAGUUCAUGGAGGAUCACAUCAAGCAGCUGGUGGAAGAAAUCAGGAAAAAGACAAAAAUAAUCCAGAGCUAUGUGCUGAGAGAGGAGUCAGGGGCCCUCUCGUCGGAGGCAUCAGACAUUAACAAAGCCCACCUGAGCCGGCGAGGAGGCAUCAUGGCAUCGCUGUACACCUCCCACCCGGCAGACAGCGGGCUGACCCUGGACCUGUCGCUGGAGAUAAACAGGAAGCUGCAGGCAGUAUUGGAGGACACACUGCUGAAGAACAUCACUCUGAAGGAGAAUCUGCAAACACUAGGAGCUGAGAUUGAGAGGCUCAUCAAACAGCAGAGAGAACCUGACGAUGGAACAAGGAGGAAGUGACAAAAUGCUGUCACAAUUCAAUAAAGGACCAGGGAGUAUUCGCCAUGAAAAAUGUCCCAACAUAUGAAGGAGAAAAAUGAAUGUUGUAAGUGCCAGUAGAGCCUCAGGAUUAAUUCUCGGAGGGGAAUAUUUGACGAACACGUCUGAAAUUACUUGAACUUCUCAUUAUUCCAUCCACAUUGAUGCAACUGUUCCCUCACACUACACAACAAAUCUUCCUCUGGCUGACAUUCACCUCUCCUGAGCCUUGCCAAGAUUAAAAACAAAACUCUUUUGGCAACUUUCCUCAAGCUUGGGACCUUAUCCACCUUGUAAAUUGACUUGAAGAUGCCAUAAUCAUGAAUGUAGAGAAAAUUCAUCCUAGAAAUAGAAAGGAAUUACAUUUGUUUCCUUUGAAAUGACUCACAGCUCCAAGAAAAAGUAAAUAAUCGCCAUGAUGAUCAUCGCCCAGCAUGCUCUCCUGAUGUCCAUCUGCCAGAAUGAAUUUUCUCCUUCUUUGCAGCACUCCAUAUGUCAGGAAAAAGGAAGUGUAGGGACCUCUGUGUGGGCCACCUGCACCUUCUCGUCAUCUUCUGCUCCUCACAGCACUUAGGGAGCAAGCUGCUGAAUCAAAGGUGCCUCAUAUCAGCAGAGCAACCCAUCUGUGUGACAUGCGAGCUCGAUGAAAGGACUCAAACUUUCUGUUUUUGCAGUGCAGUCCAAACGCCAUCUGUCUGGAAGUCUCCUUAUGGUAUAAAUCUGAAGAAAAUCUGUGUCGACUAUAAUAUCAUGUAAAGGAUGAAAUGUAGAAAUUAGGCCGUUUUGAAUGUAUAUUUUUCAUUUAGUUGGCUUGAAAUUUAAUUUUUAUUUAAGAUUUUGUCAGAUUAUCAAUUUUCUUUACUUUUUUUGGGCAUUUAGAAUUUUUGAUCCCUACAGAAGCCUUUAGGGGACAUGCAUCCAUACAUGUUUUUUACUCCAUUUCCAGCAAUUACAGGUACAUUUUGGUUGGAUUUCUCAAAAUAUGGACUCUUAUCUAGUUAUCUUGGGAUAAAACCACUUUUUUCCCUGUGAAAAUAAGUUAAUUUCAUUUUUGCUUGGGAAAUAAAAUCAUUACCACAGAAAAACCUACCCUCAAAUCUUAAAAUAACAACACAAAUAAGUAAUGACAUCAGUACUUAUAACCAAGGAUAAACAGCACAGCAAAAACUCAAAAGUAUUUGCCUUACCGAAAAAAAAAAAUUCAUUCUCAGUAGUCUUAUAGGCCAUUUGACUUUUUGACUUUCAAAAUCUUACCACUGAUUCCAUGGGUCAGAGUAGACAUUUGUGCCAAGUUUAGAGAAAAUCCCUUGAAGUGUUCUUAAGAAAAUGCAUUAACGACAAGGGAUGAACUGAAGCGUUGUUAAAUAAGACUUUGAACUGCAAAGUCAGAGUGGACUUUUGUGCAUAGUUUGAAAAGAAUCCCUAACAGUGUUCUCCACAUAUCACGUUAACAAGCGGGCAACAACAUGAGGUCCAAAGAUGUUUACCUUUGAUUGAUGAUCUCCAAAACUGAAACAGUUCAUCCUUGAACCAAAGUGGACGUCUGUGCAAAUUUUGAAGAAAAUCACACAAGGUGUUCUUAAGAUGUUGUGUGAAAAAGCAAAGGAUGAACAUUAGCUACUUAAGAUUCAUUUAUGAUCUGCAAAAUAUAAUGAGGUCAUUCUUGAGUCAAAGUGGAUGUUCCUGCUAGAUUUGAACAAAAUCCUGCAACGUUUUCUAAAGAUGUGUUACAAGCAAGAGAUGAACAUCAGCCCUGUUACCCUGACCCUUGAACUCUAAAAUCUAUUUAGUUUAUCCUUGAGUCAAAGUGGUUUUAUGCAGUUUGAAGAAAACCCCUAUAGGUGUACUUGAGGUGUUUAUAAAAAAAAGAGGUAAGCAUUUGCCAACGGAGGAUGAAAGUAAUAACAAAUGAUAAAAGUGGAGGUGAUUAAAAUUUUAUAAAAUGCAUCUGAAGAAAGAAAUGACAGGACAGAUUAUUUUAUUUGAUGAAAAAUGUGGCAAAUUGUCAUCAUUUUGAUGGUUUUUCAAUCAAUGUUUAUCAUUAACAAUGCAAAAAUAUUCAUUUAUCAAACACAUGUUGUAUAUGAUCACUUUUAUUUUUAAUUCACAAAUAUUUUUAGACAAUGUUUAAUUGACAUGCAUUUUUUAUGCUUUAUAAGUCAAAUCACAAUGAUUUUCAGUACAGUAAUUUUUAUCACCACUUUUUUGUUACUUGAGGCCUCUCUCCUUAAAUGAUAAAUGAAAAUGUUUUAAUUAUAAAUAAUGAAUGUAAAACAAUCAAAAUCAUACAUUUUUUCCACUAUUUUCCUCAAAUUGCAACCUUUUUUUAAUCAAAUUAGCUUCUUAUUAUUCAAAUUAAUUUAGAAUGUAUCGCUUUAUUUUGUAAUACAAAUGCAUUUUUAUCACAUCAUUAUUCAAUUCACAUGAGUUUUUAAUCACAUCUGCUUAAUAUUUUUUACUUUCACUCUUCACAUUUCAUCUUUAACCUCCAAAAUCAAACUGCUCAUCUUUAAAUCAGGUUGGCCAUUUGGGCAAUAUUUGUUCAAUGAAAUAUCACAUUUACAGAAAUGGUCCAUACAGUUGGAUGGGCAGACAACCCUAAAAGGUAAUAACCUUCAACCUUAGCUAUUGCUGGCCUGAAAUGUGUGGAUGUUUGUCCAUUUUGGGCAUCUGUAGAUUAUAGCUCUUAAUUUAAAAUCAGUUUUUGUGUAAGCACUUUUUUAUUCCUUUAAUUCUGUGUAAAUGCUUCUUUACAGGCAAAAAUUCAUUUGCUCAGACCUGAUUAUGAAUAUAUCAACGAUCCAGCUUCCUUAACAGUAGAUAUGCAUCAUUCCUCAUUAAAACAGAGGGCACCAACAUGCCAGCUAGUCCCUCAAAACCAGACCUGUCAUAUGGUGAGAGCUAUAAUGCUACGGUGUUCAUAUCACACUCCUUUUUAUUUUUCUUGUAGUGCCAAUGAAGUGGUUGAAGUAAAUCAAGUGUAAAGAGAAAGACGAUUUGUAGCUGUAGCUCAGAAAUGCCGAUGGAACCUACAGAAAUAUAUCCAGGGACAAAGUGCAAUCCUGCCCCUUUUGAUUUUUGUCUUCUUUUUUGUUCUAAAUGUUUUUGUGUUUGUCAUACAUGUCUGCUUUUAUGCUUGUGCACAUGCAUCAUGUGACUGGACGUUGUCUGAAUAUUUAAAAGUGUCCAUAAUUGUGUGAAUGUGUGUGCUGUGUGCCUUGUAUUUUUGACUUUACACCUCAUGGUUCAGCUGUCAGGGCUUGUAGGCUUUUACCAGUUGGACCAUGUAACAUCUGGAGGGGUAAACAUGAUUUGCAUUUAGACCAGAGUUUGCAGCCACACAAGCACACCUGCAGCUCGGUACGCAACAGCUGUUUAAUGGCUCCUGCAUACAGUAGACACAAACACGCAAAGCUGACAACUUAAAACUGAACUUUUCACACUCUUUAUUUGAUCUUGACCUCAGUUUCUAUCACAAAAGAUAAGCUUCCAGCCCCCCCCAAUCAGAGACAAGCUUUAAUGGGUUAUGAAUGGUUCCAGGGCCAAUCCCCCUCCCGUGCACCCUGAGGCGUUGUUAAAAUGGCCCCACCACGUGAAUAGAGAUGAAAGUUUCCUGGAUUGAGGUCACUGAGUCCUUAAAGGUUCCCUGCUGCCGCAGUGGGUGCUUUCUUUUUGAUGUACCUUCACUUUUUAUUUCAUUCAAGCUGACUCCUUUCAACGAUGUGAGACAGAAAACUUGAAGAUCACAUCUUUAGCUACUUAAUAUUAAAACUUUGUCACCUUUUAAUCCAGGAAAAGUUCAAUAAGGCUGCAGCAUUAUCACAUUACAUUCAGGGGUUUCAUGAGAAUUUUUCACAGAUCUGGAUGCUUUCAUGCAACUUUAUAAGUGUAAAAAAAAAAAAAAAAAGUUAAACUCCCAGCAGCUUGUGUUGUUCUGCAGUCUCUUUCAGGAGUAAAAUCCAACCAAUGCAAAACCGGAUUUCUUGAUUAAUUCUUUGUAAUUCUCUGAGGAACGCUAAUAUGCUUCUCUCGGUUUUAGUCACCUUGAGAAAGACUGCUGAUGCAAAGAUUUCCCACAUUUCCACAGUCUUGAAGCAAAGCCAUGCUGCAGCAUUUUGUGCUUGAAUGAAUAGAAAAACCUGAUUCACUAUUUGGAUAUGAAGAAAUGGUGUGUAGUAUGUGUGAGUGUCAAAAUGUGACAUUUUUCUGUUUCCCUCCUCCUGUGCAAUGAUCUCUCCUGCUCUGUUUUGUGGAAUAUUCCAACUGUGAUUAUAAUAUAGAUUUGUAAAUAAGUCAAACUGUAAAAUUACAUUGAGAUGUUUUUAAAAAACUGAAUCUGGAUGAUGUUUGUAUAUAUGGUGUUUCCAGGGAAUAAAAGGAGAUGAGUCUUAACUUUCUCUUCAAUGUUCCACA